UGCACUGACCUCCCCGGUCGAGAAGCGAUCGGACGAAGAUGGCGGCGAUGCGCUACAACCCUCAGCUGGUCCCGGAGGAGUUGCACCAGCUGGCGCGCCACCCGUACGCCGUUCAGAGCCGGCUUCAAGACCUCGGGACGUCCCCCGGCCCGGAGGAGCGUCGCCUCGGCAUCCCGCGGUCGCCGGAUCCCGAGGACGACCUCCUCGGCGGCGGUCGGUACUCGAGGGGCCGCUACCGGGAGGGGGGCGCGUCGUCGCCGCGCACGGAGAGCUCGUCGCCCCAGGGAAGGACCAGCUGCGGGACGAGUCCGCCCGGGCCGGCGCACUCGCACGGCAAGACCUCCUUCUGCAUAGACGCCCUCCUGGGCAGAGGGAGUCGACGGGAGUCCCCGGGGCCCGCUCGCCUCGAGGACGAGGCAUCCGUCGACGCGGCGGAUCGUGCCCCGGGCUCCGGGAGCGCGAGUCCGGGGAGCAACGCGAGUCGCAGUCCCGCGUCCAGCCCGCCCAUCUCGCCGGGGUCGGAAGGACCCGUCGGCGGCGGGGGGCCCCCGGGCCAUCGGACCGUCGCGGCCGGGCCCUACGUCGGGGCCGGCCUGGUCAGGCAGAGCCAGGGCCUGCUCCUGCAUCCCGGCGGCCCGCUCGCCGUUCCGCCCGGGGGGCUCUACUACCACCCGGCGGCGGGAGGCAGCGCCUUCCACUCCGUGCACAAGGAGGGACAGGCCGUGGGUCACCCUCGGUCGGCUGGCCCGCCUCAGCAGCAGCAGCAACACCAGCAGCAGCACCAGCAGCAACAACAACAACAACAACAACAACACCACCACCACCACAUACACCCUCUGCAGCUGGAGUGGCUGGCCAGGACGGGCAUGCUGUAUCCCAGGCUUCCAGCGGACCUAGCCGGGUGCGCGGCGCAGCACGCCCUUCUUGGGAAAACCAGACGACCGCGAACCGCGUUCACGUCGCAGCAACUCUUGGAACUGGAGAAGCAGUUUCGGCAGAACAAGUAUCUCAGCAGGCCCAAGAGGUUCGAGGUGGCCACGUCGUUGAUGCUCACCGAGACACAGGUAAAGAUCUGGUUUCAAAACAGACGAAUGAAAUGGAAGAGGAGCAAGAAGGCCCAACAGGAAGCGAGGGCAACGGGCAAAGUGGAGGAGACCGGAAACGGACGUAACGUCGAUCGCGAAACCGCGAGCGACGUUGGCGCUAACGCGUCGAACUCUUCGGAAAGUGGACGUAGCAAUACCCAGGAUAGCCAAAGAGGAAUCGUCGAACUCCAGGAGCCUCUGUAUCGACCUUACGUGGUCUAAGGCAGGACAGCUAACGGACUAUUUUCCAAGAGGACGAGCCUCGACGACCGAGUUCGACCCCGGCGCAACUCCCUGGUUCGUUUUCACUCGAGCCAGGGAAAACUCUCUAUUCCCAUCGGUCGAGUUUCGCGUACCGCGGAAGUGUACCGCAGGCAUUCGACAAUCGUUGCACGCGAUUCAUCGAGACUUGGGUGCGUCGACCGAUUUCUACGUUCGGAUCGAAACACUCGUCGUAUGUCGCUGGACACUUAUUCAGAAUUCCGGAGACAGAGGGCAGAGGCGAAUAGAAAUUCAGCGUCGGUGGAAUCGCAGUUUACAAGCGGUAGCGUCAGAGUUUCGGUACGGCGAUAGCGGCUCGCGCGGUCCAGGUCUUAACUUCGUCCAGGCUUUGGCCGACGAAUAGGGACACGGUAGUUCCUCGUCGCGGACUUCUAUUUGCACCUCCAAUUCGAUAAUCGACAGGACAGGCUACGUUGAUAUCGCGCGUUCUAUAAUGCCCGACGGGGAAAGCGAUACAUCUUUCCUCGACCGUCCUCCUUGUUUCCGAAGACCGUUCUUCGGAGCCAAAAACCUAAGGCGCGAAACUCUCGAUCAAAUUCGGGGGAAACGUACUCAACGACGACGAGUCAAAGAUCGGUUUUCCAUGAAGUUAGUCCAUUUACCGUUCGGAGUUGUAAAUACAAGUGCAGCCUACUUAAGAUGGACCAUCCCGGUGUAAAUAAUUGGAAAGGCUACCGCGUGAAUACCUCCACAAACGUCACUAGUGUUUCCAUCGUAUGCUGGAGUCCAGUUGCGCGCGCUGAGAAGGAAAGCACCCUGGUCCUCGAGAACGAGGGGAUGCUCCCGGUUCGUCGAAAGACGGGCACAUCCUAACGAAACUCUAUUUUCCGGUUUCUCGGGUUCGCGUGUCCGAGUUACGUCCUCUAGGACCGUUUAGCCCGCGCGUUCGUAACACCUCCGCUUGGGUGUGAACGAGGCGUCGAGUUUCGGCAAAGAAACGGCACGCGAGGGGGAAGAAGAUCGCCAGCCAACGAUAACGGCGAGGGCGCGAACCCAUUAGUCGAGAAACUAGCCGUGGAUAAGUGUUUAGUGUAAGUGGUGCUUAAUUAAGAGACGCGAGGUAAGCGAAGUAUAUAUACAUAUGUAAAUCGGAAAGCGGUAUUUAUUAUACACGAAGUGAAUGUAAAUAUUACUCGUGCACGAUUAAGUUAGGAAGAAUGUGACGCAGAAAGUACUAUAUCGCGAGAAGUUCCUAAAAUAAAUGACGAAAGAGCGAA